AUGGAGAAGGAUGAAUUCUACACUGAAGAAGGACAUACCUUUGUGCGGUCCCUGUCACAGUUCAUUCGCCAGCAUGAGAAAGCCUUAGCCAACAGUCUGCAACUGUCAGUACAAAGGAGGCAGUCUUUGUCGGCGCUGAAUGCCCCAUCGACGCUGGUCUCCGGCCUCGCUACGAAGACCUCAGGUUCGUCAAAUGCAGCAGCGAACCCUCUGGCAGCGGCUCUGUCCUUCGCGGGUCUCAGUUUCAAGUCGCAUUCUAUGAAGUCGCCACAUCUCAUUCUGACGCCCCACCACCUCUUCUUCCUCCUGUCCAAGAUAGAGGAGCUUGAUGUAGAUGUUGGUCCGAUGAACGUGCGCAUCGAGAGCCUGCACGGCGACUCUUCCGCAGGCAACUAUGUAUCGUUUCUGCAAGGGCACAAAGGUCUGCGGACGCAGUCUGAUCGUGACUCAGUCCACUCGGUCUCGAGCAUGCGCAGUGUCAUGUCCAGCAUGACCACUUUUUGGUCCUCACUAAGCCUGAUGCACAGCACCUCACGAACCGAGAAGGCAAAAGCGCAGCAAGCGGCGGACCUGAAGUACUUGUAUUCGGCAUUCACUAAAGUCCCGUCUCUGAAGUUGGUCGCGGACUCCAGGGCACCUCUUAUUCAAGGCUUCGAGGAGUUUCCAUUUGAUACUGCAGUGCCGCUUUACAGCUUCAAGAACUUGCAGCAACUGGACAUAAUCGACAUAGACUUCCGCUCGUUCCACGGCUGGGAUCGACUUUCGGAGCAGCUAACAUUACUUACUGUCAAGAGAGCCAAUCUCGACGACCCGGCUGAACUGUUGACCGACAUAGUACUUGACGACGCUGAGCAAAGGCGCCGAAGAUCUACCAAAGGCGGCAGAAGCUCACCCACGCCAGCCUCAUCGUCGUGGACUGUACCGUCCACGCCACGUGGUGAUUAUACCGGUACGCGUUCCGAUCCAGGUUCUCCAGUGAGCGAAAGCCCCAAGCCCCAAGACUCAGUACUUUCGAAGGAUGCGACCAUACUAGCAGGCAGCGUGUCCCCCAAGCGACCAAGUGUCGUGCGACCGGCGACUUCGUACAAGCAUGUCCGAAGCUAUUCGACAAAGGCCAGUCGUUCUGGCUCGGGCAGCUCUAAUUCCAGCGAGUACUCGUCCUACCCGUUUCGCUCGAAUAGCAGCUCCAGUCUACUGAACCUGCAUGUGCUUCCCAGCACCAAGUGGCAACGACUGAAGUAUUUGUCUCUGGCAGAUAAUCGACUGAGCUCGAUUUCCGCCAAAAGCCUGGCACCUGUCGCGGCCACACUCAGAUCACUCAAUCUAUCCAACAACCUCUUUACAGAGAUUCCUGAUGCACUAGCCUGCCUGACCAGACUGAGCUCCCUGGACUUGUCGAACUGCAUGAUCGGGUCAUUGCAGUCGCUGACCAAGAGUCCAUUGCCUGCGAUCACUACCAUAAAAUUGAAGUCCAACCGGCUUACGUCGUUGGCUGGUGUAGAGCGAAUGCUAUCAUUAGAGAAUAUCAGCGUUCAAGACAACCAUCUGAAGGACGUCAUGGAAGCUGCUCGACUUACAGCACUUCCAAACCUGCGUAGGGUCUGGAUCAAGCACAAUCCAUUCACCAAGACCACCAAUAACUAUCGUGUCCAGAUUUUCAACCUCUUCCGGACUACAGCUGGGUAUUCAGAGGACAUUGUCUUGGACGAUUACUCACCAGGGUACACAGAGAAGAAGCAAUUGGUUGAGCGAGUGCCAGAAAAAGAGCCUCGAACAAGUCAGACGAUCGUACAGAUCGCGGAGCCUGUUGUCGUGCACGAUGAUGCUCCUGCUCAGGAGCAGCGCGAGGGGGCAGACAUACACAAGGCUUCUACACGACGGAGGAGGACCGCCAGGCGCAGGAUAGUGGAUCUAGCGCAUGACGAGGGUCGUUGGGAGCCUCAGGCCGAGAUCAAGGUCGUCUCCAGACCGUCAGACGAUAUCAGGAGACCUUUGGACAUGGCGACCGUCGAUCAGGACCACACCGCAAGCAGAACUCGAUCUGCCUCACAACCGGCAGACGUCAGCGUCGCACUCACUAUGCCGGGUACUGAUGGCGUUGCUGGGACAGAGCCAUCACGCGCAACUCACGACAGCACGUACCGAGAUCAAGCCGAAGCUUUGAGGCGCGAGCUGGGCAGCACUUGGCUUAGUGCUUUAGAGAGUCAGAACUGGCACGGAAGCCAUCAUCUGGACGUCCAAAACAUGCAAUCUAUGGGACACCCGCCCAGCCUUCAUCGCGCAAACACCGUGGCGGUUGUAACUGGGAGGACUCUGGGGUGA